CCAGGCACGGAGUGGGCGCCGCACCGCGCACGGCGUCCCGCAGCCAAACUCCUGCCGCCCCCGCCGCAGCCGCCCCGACGGCCGUUGCGAGACGCAGCCGCUGUCGCCGGGCCCCCGAGGCCACCAUGAAGAAGGAGGUGUGCUCCAUAGCCUUCCUCAAGGCCGUGUUUGCAGAGUUCCUGGCCACCCUCAUCUUCGUCUUCUUCGGCCUUGGCUCGGCACUCAAGUGGCCCUCGGCGCUGCCCUCCAUUCUGCAGAUCUCCAUGGCCUUUGGCCUGGCCAUAGGUACCUUGGCCCAAGCUCUGGGACCUGUGAGCGGUGGCCACAUCAACCCGGCCAUUACUCUGGCCCUCUUAGUAGGCAACCAGAUCUCGCUGCUCCGAGCUAUCUUCUAUGUGGCCGCACAGCUGGUGGGCGCCAUUGCUGGGGCAGGCCUCCUCUACUGGUUAGCACCACUCAAUGCCCGCGGUAACCUGGCCGUCAAUGCGCUUAACAACAACACAACACCUGGCAAGGCCACGGUGGUGGAGCUGAUCUUGACCUUCCAGCUGGCACUCUGCAUUUUCUCCUCUACUGACUCCCGACGCACCAGCCCUGUGGGCUCCCCAGCUUUGUCCAUUGGCCUGUCUGUCACACUGGGCCACCUCGUGGGGAUCUACUUCACUGGCUGUUCCAUGAACCCAGCCCGCUCCUUUGGCCCUGCGGUGGUCAUGAAGCGGUUCAGCCCCUCGCAUUGGGUCUUCUGGGUGGGGCCCAUCGUAGGGGCCAUCCUGGCUGCCAUCCUCUACUUCUAUCUGCUCUUCCCCUCCUCCCUGAGCCUCAGUGAGCGUGUGGCUGUCAUCAAGGGCACAUAUGAGCCUGAGGAGGACUGGGAGGAACAUCGGGAGGAACGGAAAAAGACCAUAGAGCUGACAGCACACUGACCAGCAUCAGACAGGGGCCAGCCCCUUAGGCCCUGAAGUACAGGAAAAAAAGAAGAAAAAUAGACCUCAAAGCAUCCUUCCCCAGAGUUGGUCCUCUUGGCUGAGGAAGAGGCACUGGCUCCCCAUGCUGCAGAUAAAGAUGGGAGCAGGAGUCCAUGAUGGGGAUACUUGGGUGGGGGCCAGGGUCUGGAGUCUGAUAGGGAUAGGGUCUCUCUAGGUUUGCGCAGAGUGUGCUGCCAUAAGUCAGAUCUCAGAGACUGUGAACACAGUGCCAACCUCACAGGCUUCCCAGGGCCAGACCAGAAAGGGGUGGUUUGCAGUCUGCUUCUUCCACCCAAUCCAACCCCUUAAGUGCCAGAGCCAGCCCCCCGGUGGGCAGAGGGGACUUUCCCCCAGAGCUCCUCAGCAGAGGGACAGAUACUUCAUUGAAUACCACCUUAUUUAUUUCUGGCCAAGGAUUGGGGGACUGCUGGUAUUUGGGUUGAGGGCUUCUCAAUAAAGCAAUGCUCUUCAUAAUCUGCCUCUCUCUCCAGAAACCUCCUGGGACACUGGCAGAGGGGACUUCCCCCAAGAGCUCCUCAGCAGAGGGACAGAUGAUUCAUUGAAUACCACCUUAUUUAUUUCUGGCCAAGGAUUGGGGGACUG